GUCUAAACUAGGCUUUGGAGAGAACUCCUGGGAGGAGGGCGUGGGGCUGGCUGGAAAGGAGAAGGGACAAGUCGGACUGGUGUUGAGUGUCUGGAACCGACGGAGCGGGCUGCGUAGCUCAGGGCACCGAGAGUGAAGCAAUUAGUCUUGUUGGGGUGGACAGUUGCCUAGGGAAACAGAACAUUCAAGAGCCACUUCUUUUCCCCUCUCCAGCUUCCUCUUGGGAGCUGAAGUCACAACCCCAGCGAGUCCUCCUCCUCCUCCUCUGUCCUUCAGCCUGCGGGAACCUGAGCCGCAGAGGGCCAACACGAUCGUGGAGGAUGAAGAAAUAGCCUUGGGACCCUUGGAAAAUGAGGCCGACGCCCCUGCUGCACCUGGCGCUGCUUCUUGCCCUGCCCAGGACCCUGGCGGGGAAAGGGUGUCCCUCUCCGCCCUGUGAGUGCCACCAGGAGGAUGACUUCAGAGUCACCUGCAAAGAUAUCCACCGCAUCCCCAGCCUGCCGCCCAGCACGCAGACUCUGAAGUUUACAGAGACUCAUCUGAAAACCAUUCCCAGUCAUGCAUUUUCAAAUCUGCCCAAUAUUUCCAGGAUCUACUUGUCAAUAGAUGCAACCCUGCAACGUCUGGAAUCACAUUCCUUCUACAAUUUGAGUAAAAUGACUCAUAUAGAGAUUCGGAAUACCAGAAGCUUAACUUCCAUAGACCCUGAUGCCCUAAAAGAGCUCCCCCUCUUGAAGUUCCUUGGCAUUUUCAACACUGGACUUGGAAUAUUCCCUGACCUGACCAGAGUUUAUUCCACUGAUGUAUUCUUUAUACUUGAAAUCACAGACAACCCUUACAUGACUUCCAUCCCUGCCAAUGCUUUCCAGGGGCUGUGCAAUGAAACCCUGACACUGAAAUUAUACAACAAUGGAUUUACUUCAAUCCAAGGACAUGCUUUCAAUGGGACAAAGCUGGAUGCUGUUUACCUGAACAAGAAUAAGUACUUGACAGCUAUUGACAAGGAUGCAUUUGGAGGAGUGCACAGUGGACCAACCUUGCUGGACGUCUCUUACACCAGCGUCGCUGCCCUGCCAUCCAAAGGCCUGGAGAACCUGAAGGAACUGAUCGCAAGAAACACGUGGACUCUAAAGAAGCUUCCACUUUCCUUGAGUGUCCUUCACCUUACACGGGCUGACCUUUCAUAUCCAAGCCACUGCUGUGCUUUUAAGAAUCAGAAGAAAAUCAGAGGAAUCCUUGAGUCCUUAAUGUGUAAUGAGAGCAGUAUUCGGAGCCUGCGUCAGAGAAAAUCUGUGAAUGCUUUGAAUGGCCCCUUUGACCAGGAGUAUGAAGAGUACUUGGGUGACAGCCAUGCCGGGUACAAGGACAACUCUAAGCUCCAGGAUACCCACAGCAACUCUCAUUAUUAUGUCUUCUUUGAAGAACAAGAAGAUGAGGUCCUCGGUUUUGGCCAGGAGCUAAAAAAUCCACAGGAAGAGACCCUACAGGCCUUCGAUAGCCAUUAUGACUACACUGUGUGUGGGGGCAAUGAAGACAUGGUGUGUACCCCCAAGUCAGAUGAGUUCAACCCCUGCGAAGACAUAAUGGGCUAUAAGUUCCUGAGAAUCGUGGUGUGGUUUGUGAGUCUCCUGGCUCUCCUGGGCAAUGUCUUUGUCCUGAUAAUCCUCCUCACCAGCCACUACAAACUCACUGUCCCACGCUUUCUCAUGUGCAACUUGGCCUUUGCAGAUUUCUGCAUGGGGAUGUAUCUGCUCCUCAUCGCCUCUGUAGACCUCUACACUCAUUCUGAGUACUACAACCACGCCAUCGACUGGCAGACAGGCCCUGGAUGUAACACAGCUGGCUUCUUCACCGUCUUUGCCAGUGAAUUGUCAGUGUACACACUGACAGUCAUCACCCUGGAGCGCUGGUAUGCCAUUACGUUCGCCAUGCGCCUGGACCGGAAGAUCCGCCUCAGGCAUGCAUAUGCCAUCAUGGUUGGGGGCUGGGUUUGCUGCUUCCUGCUCGCCCUGCUCCCUCUGGUGGGAAUAAGCAGCUAUGCCAAAGUCAGCAUCUGUCUGCCCAUGGAUACUGAGACGCCUCUUUCCCUGGCGUAUAUUAUCCUUGUUCUGAUGCUCAACAUAGUUGCCUUUAUCAUUGUCUGCUCCUGUUACGUGAAGAUCUACAUCACAGUCCGAAAUCCCCAGUACAACCCGGGGGACAAAGACACCAAAAUUGCCAAAAGGAUGGCUGUGUUGAUCUUCACUGACUUCAUGUGCAUGGCCCCAAUCUCAUUCUAUGCUUUGUCGGCACUGAUGAACAAGCCUCUCAUCACGGUUACUAACUCCAAAAUCUUGCUGGUUCUCUUCUAUCCACUUAACUCUUGUGCCAAUCCAUUUCUCUAUGCUAUUUUCACAAAGGCCUUCCAGAGGGAUGUAUUUAUCCUGCUCAGCAAGUUUGGUAUCUGUAAACGUCAGGCCCAGGCAUACCGGGGCCAGAGGAUUUCUCCAAAGAACAGCAGUGGCAUUCAGGUCCAAAAGGUUACCCGGGACAUGAGGCAAAGUCUCCCUAACAUGCAGGAUGACUAUGAACUGCUUGAAAACUCCCAUCUAACCCCAAAUAAGCAGGGUCAAAUCCCAAAAGAAUAUAACCAAACAGUUUUGUAAGCUAACCCUACACUAGUUACAGUGGUAGGGGGACUUCUAAAAGGCUGGUUUCUUGAACAUGUAUUCCAAACCCAUUACAUACACCAGAAAGCUGGCCUAACCCUUGUGCAGGUGAUGUUUCAUGGGGUGAAAGUUCAUUUCUGGAGAGAGGAUAGCAUUACCACCUAAUCAUUACCUCCCAGAAGGAAAAGAGACUACCAGCACGUCUGAAUCCCAGUUGAUAUCAAAAUAACUGACACUUUCUAGAAGGUUUGCUUGAUGCUAACUGCAGCGACAACAUUGUAUAAGAUGCUCAACAGAUAUCAACUGAAGCAGAUCAACACUGAGCUUCUCACCUGUAGACAGUAUUUCAUACUAAAGAUUCAGUAAAUGGCAAAUGCUAUUAACUUAGUUGGUGACCACAAGAUAAAAUUAGCCCCAGGUUGGCUUGGUCCACCUUCGUGUUCCUGGAUACAACCAAAGACAAUGUGAAUUCCUCGAAACUGAGAAGUCCAAAAGGAUACAUGCAUGGAGUAGCUGUUAUGAGGUGAAGGAGGGGAAAGGCUUAGCUUUGCGUCAUUUUUUCAAACUCUGAAACUAUUAAUCAUCUCUUCACAAGGAUCUACCUGAUGUGACCCAAUUAUUCUGUGUUUCCC